AUCCUAAUAUAAAUAUUAUAUAUAUAUAUAUUAAAAUAAAUACCGCAAAAUGUGCUUCUUGAAGACAACGGUGCAUUGUAUUGCCAUCAUGUGGUUACCCGACUACCGCAGGGCUUUGUCUCGUUAAAUCAACCCUAAUCGGGCAUAAUGUCUUUCAUUUGUCUCAUUGAAGGGGGAGGGGAGUGAAAGUAUAGAGGAAGAGAGGGGGAUUUAACAUUCACAAAAAGGCGACACAAACAGAGAAUGCACGAUGGAGAAAAACGACAGAGGUGAGGAAGAAGAGGAAGAACAGAGGCGAGAGAGGGGGGAGGCUGGUCGUUUGUAUAGCUUGUGCCCAACUGGGAAGAAGUUCCGGAGCAAGCCUCAAUUGGCCCGUUACCUUGGCAACUCCAUGGAUCUCAGCUCCAUUGAUUUCCGCACGGGCAAGGUGCUCAUGAGCAAGCUGAACAAGAACAGACAGAGACCCCGAUAUGACAACAAUAGCCAGACUAAGGGCAAACCUGACCUGAACACAUCUCUCCCAGUACGACAGACUGCCUCCAUCUUCAAACAGCCCGUAACAAAAGUUACCAACCACCCUAGUAAUAAAGUCAAGACAGACCCACAGAAAGCCAUCGACCAACCCAGACAGCUUUUUUGGGAGAAGAAACUGAGUGGUCUCAAUGCCUUUGACAUAGCGGAAGAGCUGGUGAAAACAAUGGACCUCCCUAAAGGCUUACAAGGAGUGGGCCCUGGGUGUACAGAUAAGACUCUGUUGUCGGCUAUUGCCAGCGCCCUGCAUACCAGCGCAGCUCCCAUCACGGGCCAGCUGUCCGCCGCCGUAGAGAAGAACCCGGGAGUUUGGCUUAACACGGCUCAGCCUCUCUGUAAGGCCUUUAUCGUCACAGAUGAGGACAUCAGGAAGCAAGAAGAGCUGGUGUACAGUGUUCGGAAACGCCUGGAAGAGGCUUUAAUGGCCGACAUGUUGGCUCACGUGGAAGAAACGUCCGGCGAUGGAGACACGCUUAAUGAGGAGGGAAAUUGCAAUGACGACAAACAGGAAGUAUAGCAAAGGGCAUCAGGAUGUGUCUCAGUUACCUGAACAUGAGUUUCCCAACACAGUCCUUAAACUACAGCAAGACGGUCUGUUGAACAGCACACCACGUUACCAUGGCAUCCAUCUCCCAGCUUUGCUGAAUAUUCAUUUGCGCCCACCAGUUGGGAUCUCAGAGAGACUGUUGGCUCAAGUUUUUAAUUUGUAUGUUUUCUUUUGAAUAUUUUAUAAAAGAAAAUGUUUGAAAAAGACGUAGUUAGAUGAGCUGCAUCAAGUGUUUCCCCAGUGUUUUUUUCUGAAGGGGGUGUUUAGAUUUGAUAUGGAUGGAGAUAUGACAGUCAAGUCAAAAAUACAAUCCUCUAGUGGGUGCUAAAGAAAUAUCACAGCUGACAUAAACUGUUCUGUUUAUGCACAGCCAUCCCUGCAAAUAAAAUAGAUUUGUAAGUAAACAAGAGAAUUCGUUCAGUUUAGUUGAAGUGUUUCAAGGUUCUCCAAAGAGAUAUUUUGGUAUGUGUAUUAAUUCUGUUCAUUAGCAUUAUUUUCACAAUAUUUUCUAAAUAACAGUGUAAAGAGGUAGAAUCAGUAUUGUGCAGUUUAAUACUGAUUCAGAUUCAGUUCACACAGAUUUGGUUCUUUGUUAUCCACGGUUCCAAGUGUUUUAUGAUCUUGUUUUAGGUGAAAUAAGAUAUUACUAGUUGUGGUGCAGAAAUGGUGCAGAUCUAGUCAAAAUCUACUCUUUUGAUUUUGGAUUUUUGAAUUCAAUCAUUAAUUCAUAUGGUGCUUGUGAAACUGCCUGCCUUUCAUUAUAAGCUAUUAAUACUUGACACUGAAUCACAUUUCCAUGCGGAAAAAAAAUCUAAUUUGAUAUUGAAAUAUGAAUGGUGAUUCAUGUAAUGUGAUGCCUGAUUCUUACGAAGUGAUGUGUAAGCAUCAUCCUGUGGUUCAGCAACUAAAAAAACACGUCGCUGGGUGGAAAGUAUGACUUUUAAAAAGAUCUAUUCCACGUUUUUGUUCAUAGCCCAUGUCAGCAUGCCAACUGCCAAGUUUACUUCUGUAUUUCUCAAAAUAAAGUGUUCCUGUCU